AUGGCUUCCAUCACAACAGACGCCAUAGACUUCACACUCAUGGCUGAGGCUCAGCGAUCGGAUCCCGAGCUCUCCCAAUACCGCCACGAGGACUCUUCUUCACGCCUUCAAGGUGUCCCCCUUCCCACUCGCACUGGCACCAUAACGUGUGAUAUUUCUACCGGACAUGAACGUCCCUUUGUCCCUGCAACUAUACGACGACAAGUGUUCAACGCCCUUCACAAUCUAUCCCACCCUGAAGUCCGGGCGACAGAAAAACUCAUCACUGACCGAUCCGUCUGGCCCAACAUCAACCGGGAUGUACGGCGUUGGACCCGAUCCUGUCUGUCAUGUCAGCGAGCCAAAACGCAUCGGCAUACUACUACACCGCCAGGAACUUUCGCCACCCCUGAUGCACGCUUCAGUCAUGUGCACAUUGACCUCGUAGGUCCGCUGCCACCAUCUAACGGUUCUACCUAUAUGCUGACAUGCAUUGAUCGCUUUACUCGGUGGCCAGUUGCUGCGCCCAUUCCGGACAUCAGUGCCGAAACCGUUGCAAGAGCUUUCUUGACUCAUUGGGUGUCCAAUUUUGGAGUUCCUGCGACUGUCACCACUGACCGCGGAUCCCAAUUCGAGUCCACGCUGUUUCGCGAACUUACAUGCCUUCUCGGUACCAACCGAAUCCGAACAACAGCGUAUCACCCUCAAACAAAUGGUCUCGUCGAACGCUUCCAUCGGCAGCUCAAGACUUCCCUUAUGGCCCAGCCCGAUCCUUCCGGAUGGUCUGAUCACCUUCCUCUGGUGCUGUUGCCCCUCCGUUCCACUCCCAAGGCCGACAUCGGUUGCACUGCAGCUGAUCUUGUCUGCGGAACCUCCCUACGACUGCCUGGUGAGGUAGUGUCUCCCUCAAACAGGCUAACGUUUUUCGAACCUUGCAGUUAUGUGACGCAGCUGCGUAGUGUCAUGCGCAAUCUCCGCGCAACGCCCCCUCGGGCGUCAUCGGACACUUCCUUCAUCCCACCCGACCUGGAUACGUGCAAUUAUGUCUGGGUUCGGCAUGACGCUGUCCGGCGGCCACUCCAACCACCCUAUGACGGGCCGUAUAGAGUCCUUCGUCGAUCUGACAAAGAUGUUGUAAUUGAUCGCAACGGCAAGACCGACACAGUCAGCAUUGAUCGCGUCAAGCCGGCCUACAUCGACGACAGUGACCAUUCCUCACCUCAGCACUGUACCCCGCCUCAGACAGCGCGGCCUCCUCCACCUACUGGCGAGAGACCGCCUCCGGUUCGCCGCACACGAUCUGGUCGCCACGUCCACAGGCCCGACCGGUUUGUGGCUGGCUAG